GUACUUCCAAAUAAAAAAUCACAAUGGUUCAGAAUCUCUUCAGAAUGGACUCCAACCUAAUCAUGUCUCAUCAAUAGUUUUUACAAUAAAUGCCUAAUUCAUUUCGAAAUUGAACUUUAACCGUCCUAGGUACCCUAAUGCAGCUAUAAAACUAAAAGUAAAGCAUACCUAUCAAUCCAUCAAAGCAGUUUUAAUAUUCUGUGCUAACUAUAACUCAACAAUGCCUCCUGGACGAAGUGGUCGCAGCGGUGGUGGUGGUGGAAGCAAAGGUGCAGGAAAUAGGAGUGGCCGCCGCCGCGACUACCAGCACGCGCCGGCGCAGCAGCCCGUGGUGGUCCUGCGCCCGGCGCCGCGGCGGUCCAUGUUCCGGGACGCCGCCGCCAUAGCGGGGGGCGUCACUGUCGGCACGGCUGUGGGUCACGUGGCCGGCGAAGCCAUUACGGGCAUGUUCUCUGGGCGCAAGAAGGAGCAAGUAGAGGAGAGUCUUCCCCGAGGGUACCAGCUGGGCGCCGAGCCGAGUGGGCCCUGCGCCUUCGAGAUCUCACAGUUCCUGCAGUGCGCCAGCCAGACGGAGAAUCUAGAUGGGUGCGCGUAUUACAAUGACGCUCUAAAGGAGUGCAAGAAGCGGAACCGUUUGCCGUAACAUAUACUAAUCAAAACCUAUUAGAAACAAGAAGGGACAUAAUGCAUCUAUUACAAACGAGUUGAAGUGAUCAUAAUAACAUUACAUCCUUUUUUAAAAACUGAAAUAAAUUCAUAAGUAAAGCAAUAAACUGGUCAAAACUUG